UCUCUCCCAUUAUGGGAGAUACGACGCCGUUUUCGCUUCCUCCCGGUACCCGAUUUUACCCUUCCGAUCAACAACUAAUUAGCUACUAUUUAUCUUCAAAGAACGGCGCCGAUCACCGGAAUGGCGUUGGAUUUGACCUAAUUCGAGAAAUUGAUCUCUACAAUUUUGAUCCGUUUAACUUGCCGGAUUCCGCCUGUUUCCGGUACGGUCGUGGUGGACGGAAAAGGCACUGGUUUUGUUUUGUGGCUAGGGUUUUGAAGGGAGGGAGGAGGAGAGCUGGUGGUGGUUAUUGGAAGAAGAGGGGUAGAGUUAGGGAUGUGGUGGAUGCGGGUGCAGGGAAAGUUGUGGUGGGUACGCGUAAAAGUUUUGAUUUUUAUUUGGAGGAUUGUACUAAGACUGAUUGGUUGAUGCAUGAGUACGCCUUAACUGGUCAUCCUAUGGCAUCUUUUGUUCUAUGCCGAGUAUUCAUCAAAUCUCAUCAUGGAAAUAACUUGUCAGGUCAUGUAUUUAGUUCCAAUGGUGAAGAAAUUGUUGCGACAGUACGCCAUAUAGGUAUUCAAUUUGAUGGAUCAGCUGCAUCGGUUACUGGCUCUAAAAUGCAUGAUGAAAACACUAUUGACCAGGAGAAUGAUGUCUCAAAGUUACCUAGUGGAUUAGUUACCGACUUAAAUGGUCAAGUUGUUGCAGAAAAUGUUGCUAAGCAGAUUUGUCUUGAGAGCGACGGACCUCCAGUUCUCAAUGAUUUUUCUGCUCAGGAACUGAUUGCCAUUUUAGAAGGAGAUUUUAUUGAGUUGGAUGACCUUCUAUGCCCGCUUCCGGGCAUUAACUAAAGGAAACAACAACAAUCCCAAAAGUCCAACAGCAAUCCCAAGCAAGUACCAUCCGUAACAAUCUCAAGCAAGUACCAUCAAUAAGAAUCACAAGCAAGUACAAUCAACAAGAAUCUCAAGAAAGUAAUAAUCAAUAACAAUCCCAAGCAAGUUAUGUUUGGAAAUUAGUAGCAUGAAGUUCACGCCGG